AUGGAGGCGCGAAAACAUUUUUUUAAAUCAGAGAUAUUUUUGGAAAGAAAGUUUUACAGAAUAUACUUAGGCUCCAAAGCACUUGCAAAUCUUACAUUCAUCAACCUCCCAAAUCUAUCACGACAAUAUCAUACGCUUUUGGGGAAAUCUGGAUCUGAGCAGACGCAAAAGAUAAAUCCAAUGGCUCUUUUUUCCUACUUCAGCUCUACCAACAGGAGCACGGAAUGGAGCAACUCCAAGAGGAUGGAUUAUAGCGUCGGUGAUGAAUUUGAAGACGCUGGAACACGAACCUCUCUUUCUUCAAUCGCGGAUGCAUUUGAGGAAAUUUCGAAUCUGAUUAUAGAUGGAAGAAAUGGCGAUUUUCCUGUUUUGAAAUUAAAGCCUUUUUGUGAUGCGUGUUCUUUCGUUUCUGUGCUCUUCAGUUCCCUUGGCAUCGCUUUUAAAUUCGCCGAGAUGGAAUACACCUCUAAGGUGCGUGAUCUAGAAGAAGCAUCAGAACGCUAUGUGAGUUUAAGCAGUGUAGUUGAUUAUGAUGUAAAAUGGAAGACAGUGAAGUCACGUGGUAGCCAUACUCGUAAUCUUCGCAGAGUUAGACAGGGUCUUGACCUAAUUCGAGAAUUAUUCCAGAAUUUUCUAUCAACCAACGAUUACUCCCUAAAAGAUGCAGCUUCAUCAGCAUAUCAACAAGUGUGUGCGCCAUAUCAUUCAUGGGCUGUUAGAACUGCAGUUUCUGCAGGAAUGUGUGCUCUUCCAUUAAGGGAACAACUUCUGCUCAAUUUAAAUGAAACUGAGCAAUCAGCAGCUGUGCAAAUGAGAAGAUAUAUAAAAGCUUCACUUCCCGUGAUUAAGUACAUAGAUAAUUUAUACAUUUCAAGGGGCAUCAAUUUAGAUUGGUGAUUUUGGGCAUUGCUUUUUGUGGCACAAGUUUUUGAGAGGGAGAUUAUGCAUUGUGUCCAUGAAAGAUGUUUAGUUUUGUAAUUUGGUGAUUUUAACACGUUUAAUUUAGUUAAAACUUUACUAAUUGGGAUUUGAUCGAUGUUGGUUUUGGAUUGUGGUGUUAGAAUGAAUAGCGAGAAUCAUUUGUUGUAUGGAUAUAUUGUCCUUCACAUUUGCC